AUGUAUCGCCUAAGGGAUGGCACGCCCUUUAGAGCGUGGCCCAACCCUGGCGGGGGGGAUUGUGGUUCGCACACCAUCACCGAUCUUCGUCGGAUCAAGUCCGGGGUUCCCGCCGGAACAGCCCGCGUGGAACGGGAACAACUCGCCAGCAUCCGCAAGCUUCGCCGCGACGUAGCCAGCCUCGGGCGGGCACAGAUCCACCCCACAGUGGAGCGUGGGCAAUUUACUGACGACUUCACCUUUGGCACCGCCAAAGUACAGGAGAGCCCCAUCGAAGAAAUGUUGACCAACCCUCUCCUACUCAUCUUGAAGAGGGAGACAUGGGUCAUGGUGGCGGAACAUGAAGGUGGAUAUUGGGACGGGAAAUACAUGGAGGCCGCGGCUGUCGUAUCAGGUCUAGAAAACUUCAGACUCGUGAAGGCGACGAAAGAGGGAAAACUCGUUCCGUGCUACGGUGCGAAGGACCUGCAGCCACAUUCCCCGAUGGCAGUAUGGCACGCAUCUGGGCACUUCGAGGCCGUGUUCCAGGACGUACCGCAGCCGGCAGCAAAGGAGCCCACCGCCCGGGAGGAGGCGGCCGCCCCCGAGGAGCCCACCGCAGCCACGGAGCCCGCCGCAGCCAAGGAGUCUGUCACAGCGAAGGAACCUGCCGCCCCGGAGGAACCCGCCGCCCCCGAGGAACCCGCCGCAGCCAAGGAGUCCAUCGCAGUGAAGGAGCCCGCCGCCGCGAGGAAGCCGGCCGCAGCCAAGGAGGGUGGAGACGGCUGGGUUCUCGCGGGAAAAAAUAGGCGCCCAACGACCGCGGGUGGUGGUGGUGGUGGUGGUGGUGGUGGUGGCGGCGGCAUGGAUGGGCGCGUCGAGAGAAGCGGGGCCAUCGACAAGGUGUACGACGUGGGGAAAGGAGAUGGCGAGAGGAAGGAGACGGACGAGGCCAUGGAGGACGCGGCGGGAGCACACGUGGGGUCGGGGGUGGGGACUGGGAUGGAGACGGAGGAGAACACGGGGGGUCGAGAUGAUUCGCACGGCGGUUUGGACGUUUUCAGUGGAGUUGGAGGCGUGAUCGGUCGCAUCGCGACUGCUCCGUUUGGCCGCGUCGAAACGGCGGACAAGACACGCCCGCGAGGCGCCUCGGGCGCCACCGACCAGCACGGAGACCAAGACAUUACCGACGAUGACAGCGAGUCGGAGGAGACGACACCCGACGGCAGCGACAACGACGGCACAAGUGCUCGGCAUGCGACCUCCAGUCCGGGAGCCGAAGGUUACUAUCUGGCCGGGCGGGGUCGAGACGGUCAAGUGUACAUGUUCGGGUGUGCCGGGAAAGGGUCAAUGUACGACAUGCGUCUGCAUCCAGAAAGGGUCAAUUUGCUCAGAGCUGUGCAAAUGUAAACCCGCUUGCUGCCUAAAAGCGGCCAAUGAUAGAGUCAUGCUAUUCGAUAGAGGUGGGGGGGAAUCAUCUGAAGAAGCGAGCGACGACGAUCAAUCCAGUGAUGAGUGUGACGUUUUGCCUGGUGUCGGCGGUUUGGGCGGGGGCAUGACCAUUGGUGGAUUUCAGGAUGACGUUGCAGAGUACGAGCAGCUCGACCAGAUGGAUUGGACCAAUGGCCGAGAGCAGUUGAUUGUUUCACCGGGCGGAAUGGUUGUUGACUCGUGCGGGGAGGGGACAAAUGAAAGGUCUGUGUAACGUGUGAUGAAAAAAAAAAAAACUGGAAUUUUGGUGUUUCGAGCGGAAUAUCGGAGGUGUCGCAAAUGGUCUACAUCGAUUCAUGUGAAGUUGAGGAUGAGUACCGUGUUGUCAUACACCUCUUGCUCACGGGGUGCACCUACCCGCCAACGUCAACAGCGGGUACAUGGAACACCCGCACUCUAUCUUGCAUCGUACCAUUCAGCACCCGCAGAAUCAGAACUGCUGUACACUCAACUAACGGCAUGGUGUACCUGUGUAGGCGAAGCUGCGAUGCACUUCCACAACAAUAUUCAACCAGCAAAAGUCCGUGUGGUGACUGAACCGCGGGCGGUUUUGAGUCUAUGUUCGAAGUUUUUUUAUGGAGCGCGAAAAUUUGCACCCUUCGUGGAACACGCAGAUAUAGACCAUUCUGCACUCAAUCAACGCCACCGACAAACAACAUUCUUUGAACGUCAGGUCGCCCGGCGGCCCUCCUAUAAGCAACCUCUACUCAAGGCAGAACACGAGCCUCGAUCCCCCGCUCUUGCCGCAGCCUCCAUCGGUGUAACACACGCCCCAAAAUUCUCCGACCUUCACAUGGUGAGCAUGUGUGUACUUAGCUCUCCGCAAAAAAACGCACAUAACCGGGGGGUUAUCUACAAGCCAGCUACCCCGGUCGAAAGGGGUUCCAGGAACGAUAGCGGCAAUUUGAGCGCCACGCCUUUCGCCGCUACCGCCAAAGCCGCUUUGACAAACCCCACAGCACCCUUGUACGGAGGGCUCGUGACGACCCAGCCAGGUUGCUUUCCGGGGUGGGCUUUGAGAACAUCACCCGGAAAAGAAAGCAGGCUCGCGUCCAGGUUGGAACCUGGCG